ACCGCCCCCGCGGGUCCUUCCCGUCCCGGUGCAGCUGCUUCCGGGCUCCGCAGCUCCCAGCGGCUCCCCGAGGCCGCGGCGCCGACGCUGGGCCCGGGAGCGGUUCUCGUGCAAAGCGCCCGGACGCGUGGGUCCCGAAGUAGGCCCGCACUUUGCCUCGCGACUGGGGAUCUCCGAGGACAUCUUAGUUCUGACCUUGCGGAGGCCGCGCCUCUGCUGCGUGUUCGCGGGCCAAUCGGGCCACUUUGUAGAAAUCAUCGCACUCUAAAUCAAGGGACGAACGCUGCUGGCUGGAGUUUGCUGGACACUUUCAUUCUAGCUAGUAACAAAGAGAAUUCCUCUUCCUCGAGGUCCCUUGGGGCAGCAGUUAAAGACUACACGAUCCAGGAGCACCUAGGACCUGGGGCCACCUUCCUGCCUGCUUUAUUGGAUGGAGCACUGCCGCCCCAGUUUCUGGGGCACCUUGGGGUGUGGCCUUGGUGAGUGAAACUUGGGGUGAUGCCUGCUGGGAAGGAAAUCCGGAAACACAGAGAGGACUCUCUGGUGGUGACCCAGGCCUUGUCAGAUCUGAGACUCUUGGAAUCUUGUUUGUGGGGGUGUGGAUGGUGAAUGAAUUUGGAUGUGCCUCCCUUUACCCCAAAACUGAAGAGGAAGCAAACCACUUGCCACACUUGAGGCUGCAUGACCAUUCACAGAAGGGAGGAGCCACUUCUGAAUUCAGAGUAGGACUGCAUCACCAGGCAAAUACCUGUUCUGAGCCAGAAAGACUCUGGCUUCUGAGGAGAUCCUGAGAGUCUGAGUAGUGCCAGGAAGCAGCCUCAGAAUCUGGGAGCCCAUUACACACCCCAGCCAUGUUCCUGCGACGGCUUGGUGGCUGGUUACCUCGCCCUUGGGGCCGCCGGAAACCAAUGAGGCCUGACCCACCUGACCCAGAACCCCGAUGGGUGGACAGCUCCUCGGAGAAUUCAGGAAGUGACUGGGAUAGUGCCCCAGAAACCAUGGAAGAUGUGGGGCAUCCCAAGACCAAGGACUCAGGGGCAUUGAGGGUUUCUAGGGCUGCUUCUGAACCAAGCACUGAGCCCCAAGUUGAGCAACUAGGGAGCAAAAGAAUGGAUUCCCUCAAGUGGGUCCAGCCUAUCUCUAGCACUCAAGAGUCUGGGAGACUGGAGGCUGGAGGGGCUAGUCCCGAACUCGGAUGGGAUCAUGUGGAUUCAGGUGGCACCAGGAGACCUGAGGUGUUGCCUGAAGGGGGAAUGAGCGUCCCUAGGCCAGGAACCCCAGUGGAGAAACCUGGCAGGCGUGAGAAGCUGUUGGGCUGGCUGCGGGGGGAACCAGGAGCUCCCUCCCGGUACCUGGGGGGACCAGAGGAGUGUCUGCAGAUCUCCACCAACCUGACCCUGCAUCUGCUGGAGCUGCUGGCCUCUGCCCUGCUGGCCCUGUGCUCACGACCACUGCGGGCCGCCUUGGACACACUGGGCCUGCGUGGACCGCUGGGCCUCUGGCUACAUGGCCUACUGUCCUUCCUGGCUGCCUUGCAUGGGCUCCAUGCUGUUCUGAGCCUACUUACUGCCCACCCUUUGCACUUUGCCUGCCUCUUUGGUCUCCUGCAGGCCUUGGUGCUGGCUGUCAGCCUCCGGGAGCCCAGUGGGGAUGAGGGCACUGAUUGGGAGAGUGAGGGGUUGGAGAGGGAGGGUGAGGAGCAGAGGGGAGACCCAGGAAAGGGGCUGUGACCAUGGGGUGCCGUGUGGGGGUAAAGGGUGAAGAGAGUGUGGGCUUUAGGAGAAAAGUGUGGGGCGUGACCCAAAUUGUAAGCAUAGGGACCUCAGGGAUGGGGAAGAAACCCCAGAGUAUGAGGGCGCAGGGCCCCCCUUCAUCCAUAGGAGAGAACAGAGCUAUUUAGGGUGUUUGUGUUUAUCGACAGUGAGGGCACUACCCUUGGAUUCACCAGCUGUUAUUUUUGCUUUUAAAUUUCUCCCACCUUUAGUUUUUUGUGUUUUUUUUUUCCACCUCCACUUUUUAAAAGCAGAAAAAAAAAAAAGAAAAAGAAAAAAAGUGUGGUGGUGGAGAAUAAAGACCAAAGGGUUCUCUCUACCUUUCAAAACUCUCCUGGGGUGCAGGAGACGAGAGCAGGAGAGCAGUAAGAGAGUGGUUGGGACACCCAGGGUACUCCUUGGAUCUCGAGAUCUGAGCCACCAAGGGAAGAGUGGGGCUGCUAGGCAAGUGGAUUAGGGGGUCUGGAUAGGACCCCACAGGUGACAGGGAGCCUGCAGGGCAGAUCUGGUGACCAUGGGAGCCAGAGGGAGUGGGGACAGUGCAGGCAGUAUUGACAGGAGGGCCAGUGCAGAAGGGCGGGUAGUUCAGGCAGUGUGGGGGAAGCACUGAAGCCUGUAGUCCCCACUUGGGGGCUAGGGGUUUGCUCACUCAGCAAUAAAUAACUGUGUCACAUCAAAUCCUAAAUAUACCACUACAAAGUGAGAGUUA